AUGGCAUUCAAGCUCUGGUCUAUCGUCUCCCUCGUCGCGCUCGCCGCCGUCGCGAGUGCUGCCCCGAGUCGCCGGACGGUGUGCUCUGACGGCACCGUCGUCCCUGACUCGGUGUGCUGCGAGUUCAUCCCCCUCGCAGAAGCUCUCCAGACGCAGGUCCUUAUGGGCGACUGUGGCGAGGAUGCUCACGAGCUCCUCCGUCUCACUUUCCACGACGCGAUCGCUAUCUCUCGCAGCCAGGGUCGCGCUGCUGGUGGAGGAGCCGAUGGUUCGAUGCUCAUCUUCCCGACCGUCGAGCCUGCCUUCUUCGCCAACCUCGGUAUCGCCGACUCCGUCAACAACCUCAUCCCCUUCCUGUCGCAGUUCCCCAAGAUCUCCGCCGGCGACCUCGUCCAGUUCGCAGGUGCUGUCGCCAUCACUAACUGCCCUGGUGCUCCGCAACUCGAGUUCCUUGCUGGUCGCCCUAACGCGACCGCCCCUGCCGUCGACGGUCUGAUCCCCGAACCGCAGGACAGCAUCACGGACAUUCUGAACCGGUUCGACGAUGCAGGAGGGUUCACGCCGUUCGAGGUCGUCUCCCUUCUCGCUUCCCACACGGUCGCUCGUGCCGAUCACGUCGACCCCACUCUCGACGCCGCGCCUUUCGACAGCACGCCCUUCACCUUCGACACGCAGAUCUUCCUUGACGUGCUCCUCAAGGGUACCGGCUUCCCCGGUCUGGGCAACAACACCGGCGAGGUCUCCUCACCGCUCCCCCUGACGAACGGCACCGACGUCGGCGAGCUCCGUCUCCAGUCCGACUUUGGCCUCGCCCACGACGAGCGCACGGCCUGCUUCUGGCAGGGCUUCGUUGACAAGCAGGACUUCAUGGCGUCGUCCUUCAAGGCUGCCAUGGCCAAGCUCGCCGUCCUCGGCCACAACACUAACGACCUGGUCGACUGCUCCGCUGUCGUACCCCAGCCGAAGCCCGCCGUUGUGCCGUCCGCGGCGUUCCCGGCCACCAAGAGCGCGGCGGAUCUCGAGCUGUCGUGCAACAGCGAGCGGUUCCCCACCCUCACCACUGACCCCGGCACCCAGGAGACUCUGAUCCCGCACUGCUCGGACGGCAGCAUGGAUUGCGAGAGUGUCCAGUUCGACGGCCCGGCGACCAACUUCGGUGGUGACGAUGACUCGUAG